GGAUCGGCAGAGUGCGCGUGAGGUGAAGUGCGCGUUCACCAGAUGGCAGUACAGACAGCGCAUGACUCAAAAACAAUCUGACGAGGCAGAGUUAAUGCGUCGUUGCUAUGGAGAUUCUGUCCUAACCACCCUGUAAAGAGUUUUUAGUAAAGCUUUUACUAAAGCCAAUUAAAUAAAGCAUCAUGUCUGAGAUUACAAAUCUUAAAAUCUCUUACAUUUUUCCAAAUGGAGACAGAUAUGAGGGCGAAGGCUGUCGUACUUCAGAUGGUGUGGUGAUGAGGAAAGGGUCUGGCACACAGACAUCAGCUUCUGGAGUUACUUACACUGGAGAAUGGGACAAUGAUAAGAUGAAUGGCAGAGGAACUCUUACACACCCGUCAGGGGCGAUUUACAGCGGCCUGUUCAGAGACAACAUGUAUCACGGCAAAGGAACGUACCGAUUUCCUGAUGGGACAGAAUACACAGGAACCUUUAACAACAACAGAUUUGAAGGUGAAGGGGAGUUCACAGAUUCGCAAGGACUUGUGUGGACUGGGAUGUUUCAUAACAAAGCGGCACUGGGACUGAAGCUCAAAGUCAACAUGUGACAUGCACACAAACACACACAAUUUAAAUGAAUACAGCAAAAAAAUAAUAAUAAUUAUAUAUUUAUAUGUCCUUUUUCUGAACUAGAUAGCAUAGAAUAGAUUAAGUGCUAUAAUGUUAAGUAUUUAAUCACUGUACCAAACUGAACAUUAAGUAGUGAUAGUACAAUAUGAGCAUCUUAUAAAGAUUAUGAAGCAAGCAUUUGAGUCAGCUUGAGGUUGAAAUCACUAAGAAUUACAACCCGUGAAAGUACUGAAAAAGAUCUUAGAUACACAGUGAUGCAUUACCACAGCUAGCGGCCCUGAGGCAUUGAUGAGAUCUGGUAUACCAAUGAAAUAACUUCAGUUCCAGCAGCAUCCACUGAAUAUAAAGAACACAUGUUCCCACAAACAUGCACUUCAGAAAGAAUCACUACUUUGUUUUGUGCAAGGGGUGAGAGGAAUGUGAUUCUGUGUGUACUGUUCAGCCAUUGGUGAAGUGCAUCCCCAAAAUACAUGAGCACGCACAAGCAGCAGAGCUCAUGACUGCAUGAGAAGUCAAGAGUUGUCUAAGACCGUGAAGCUCAAUUUCCUGUCCUCUGGAGUGAAAACGUGUUUACUGUGGCUCAACAGCUUGGCUGGAGAUCCACCGCCCUUCAGUUUGCUUCUAAUUCUUCUUUACAUUAACCUGAAGCCCUAGUGUGCAGUUAACUUUGAAACCAAAUAACUUCUUGAGAGUGUUUUAUUUGUUUUAAUGUUCUGCCUCAAUUAAAUUGGUUACGACUUAA